UAACUAUAAGUAAGUAUAUCGAUUUCUUAUAAUUUAUCACCAUGGAUUUGGGUUCGAAUGAAAAUUAUUUGGAGACGGGUAAAUCGUUGAUGCGUAUGACGAGAGAGAUGAGCUUAGAAGAGCAAGGAGCGAAUUGCAAAACAAUUGAAAAAGGUCAGAAUUAUAUGGACGCGACAAUUGGUAUAGCCGGUUUUGCAUUAGGUGUGGCAGCCUUGUUUACCAUGCCAAUGUUAAUCGUGGUCUCCUCCGCUCUAUUAAUUAAUGUACUGAUUGCCAAAGCUUUAACAGCAGAUGAGAACAUUGAGAGAGAAUGUGCUGAUCUCCCUUUCAAAGAGUUAGACGAAAAAAUGAAAGCUAGACAAGAAGAAACAGAUAGAAAAAUUGCAGAACAAACUGAAAUUUUAAAAGAAGUAAGUGAAAAAGUUGGCCAAACUCUCGACAAAAUAGAAGAUGUAAGAAAGGAAAUGGGCGAUAACUUUCAGAGGGUAUUGAAUAAAAUCGGGGAUCUGGAUGCCAGUAACCCAGUUUCCGAAAUAAAAACAGCGAUCGAAUCCAUUUCAUUUAGUGAGGAGAACAAAAGGUUAGCAACUCCUGAGCGUUAUGUUUACAUCAUCCAGCAAGAAGUAGCAAAAAAUUCAGAUUCAUCUCUUUACAAUUACAUUGGAAUGCAAGGUAGUCUGUAUAAUGCCAUUUUUGCUGUGAUUAACAAGAAGAAUACCAUUAAACCAAACAUUGCCCUUCCCGGACUCAACAUUGGAGUUACGACUUACGCAUCGACCGUCAUUACUCUCAUUCAGCAACUACGUUACAUGUCGGAAUAUGCUUACCAAAAGGGUGAUUUGAAAAAGUUCAACAACUAUUUCAAUCGUCUUUGCUUUGAUUUCAAUUAUUUCAAACUGAUAGUUAAUGGUUCCUCAAAAAAGCAAGGUAUAAUCGAUCAAGUUACGCAGAUGUUAAACGAAGCAAAAAAAAGUAAAAGCAAGCAAGAUCUUGGCGAUGAAUUGUUCGACAAUAUUGGAACAUACAUCACCCAACUUAAUCAAUUAAAGCAAAAGAUUACAGCACUUUCAUUAGAUGUGCUCGAAACCACCCCAGAUAAGAACAUGGAUAUUGAUUUCAACUCCAGAACUGGGAAUCAACGCAGUAGUAGUAACUUCUUAGACUGGAAAAAAGGCACUAAGGUCAGUUACGCAGUGCAGUUCGAAAAAGAUGGUAAGUAUUCUAAAGUUAGUGGCUGGACUUCACCACAGGAUAUAGUGGAUAUAGCCAAUCCGGAUAUUGUAUUCCGGAAAUCGAGCAAUAUGAAUAGAUUAGUCUUCCGUAAAUUUGGCAAUGGCGAUGCAGAAUUGGCAUACAUCCUCCCUGGCUCGGAAGUAAAAUUUAGAGACGUCCACAGGGAUUUGUAUAAUUUAGCUUUUAAAAACUCCCUCAGCGAGUCGCAGGUUUCAAGUAACAUGGAUAGACUCAUUAGAUUGGGAGCGAAUGUUAAGGCAGUGUUUGAGGGUAAACGAACCGUUAUUCAUGCGGCAGCUAUUGCUGGACGAUCUGUUAUGUUAGGUAAGAUAUUAGAAAAAGACCGUUCUCUCAUUAAUAAACCAGAUAGACUCGGCUUCACCCCUCUUCACUUAGCUGCUGAAAAUAAAAGGACCGCUUUCGCACGAUGGCUAAUUAACCGUGGAGCAAACGUUAACUUACAAGGACAGGAAUUUAAAGUUUCCCCUCUGCAUUUGGCUGUGCGUUACCAUGCCGAUGAAAUUGUAGAAGACCUGUUAGAGAGCUCAAAAAUAAACCCGAAUUUAAAAGACAUAGCAGGCCUCACUCCUUUGCACUAUGCUGUAACUGACGAAAAUUACGAUAAAUAUUUUUUCACUACACUAAUAGAUAAUAAGAAAACAGAUUUGAAUGUAAAGGAUAACAAUGGAUUAGCAGUUGUGCAUUAUGCAACCAUACUCAAUCGCUGGGAAGAGGUAAUCGAUUUAACUUACAAAAAAGAAAGAUUUGAUAUUUUUGCAAAGGAUAACCAGCAGAUGUUAGCUGUUCAUUAUGAUGCUAUGAAAGGAAAUCAGGUUGAAGAAUUAGUAGCUAUGGAAGAUGACAAAGCGUCUAAGCUUAAUGAUGCCGCCGGCGAGAAACAUUGGACUCCUUUACAUUAUGCCGUAUUUUUUAAGCAAACUGCUUGGGUAAAAUAUCUGUUUCGGCAGCAAAAAAAAGUGGUAUCAAAGAUUAAUGUUGAUGCCAAAGACGUUGAUGAUCAGACUCCUUUGCACUUAGCUGCUGCAGCUGGCUUGAAAGAUAUUGUUAAAACACUUUUGGAAAAAGGAGCAAAAGUUUAUGAAAAGACGAAGAAACAAAAUACACCUCUUGAUCUCGCAGUCAUGCAUAAUAGAAAAGAAGUUAUUGAUGAUUUGCUGACAUUUGAAAAAGAUCAAAAAUUGAAAAAUGGGAAGCCUGCCAAAGAAAAUGAUGCUAAGGCGUGUCAAUUAGCAAAGGGAGAGAUGUUAGAUCUACUAAAGAAGAUGGAUCGUUGCGGCAAUUUCCGCCGCUCGAUUGAAUCGAAUUCUAAAAACUCUUCUCGGGAAAUCACUCUUACUGGCAUGUUUGAAAAUAAUAAUUUAAGACCUUUGUUAACUUCGAAUAAACCAAAAGAGAAUUUGGCAUUCAAAAAUAUUAAACCGCUAACACAAGUAGAUGUAAAUGGUGCCUUGCUCUUACUGGAUCUCUUCGUACGGAAAGUGACGAACGAAAAAUAUAAUUCUGCAGUGAUUGGUUCUGAAUCGUUGUUAGAUGCACGAGCUCGAGCUUUAAAUAUCACGGAUAACUUGCAAAAGAUCAUGGAAAUGGCAGGAAAUGAUGGAGAUCUUUUUGACAUUCAUUCGAGGAUAUACAAGGCUAUUAUGAGCGGAAAUGAUUCCAAACUUGUAAAGGAAGUAUGCACUUAUUUAAACCGGUAUUCCACUUUGGAACCGCAAAAAGUUGAAAAAUUUAUUUCUGCAAUGUUUGAAAAUAAAUCAGCCAGAAUUACUAGGAAAGCAAUUCAAGAAUCUGGUCAGCUUUCUGUGGGUUUAGUCAGCCAAGUUGGUCCUUUCAACCAGAUAUUGAGAUCUUUCAGUGUAGAUGGUGGAACGCCUCUUACUAGUUUGUCGGUUGGAUUGUCUUAUCCCGGGCAAUGCCGCAACUGUGAGGGGUCAGUGUAUGAAAUGAUUUCUGUUACCCAACUGCGCACAAAUGUUUUCCAUCUGUUGGGAUUACCACCGAAUCCAACCAAGAGUGACUUCAGAGUCGCUUCAUAA